CAGCCUGGCUUUAAGAUGGCGGGAGAGAUCCGCAGGCGGGGGCGACUGUUGCCCUCCUCCAAGAUGGCGGCCGCAGCCGCCUUAAGGAGCAGUCGCGCAGGCGCCGUCCACGCGUGGUUGAGCAGUGCCCUUUCAAAAAUGGCGGCGCCCAUGCUGAGGGGUGUGAAGCAGCGAGGCUGGAGCCUGUGUGUUGCGGGGCGCCGUUUAGGGGGAGAAGCGCCCCGGAGAGAGAUCAAUUUCAAGCUGGAUGAGAGAACGGCCCACAGCAGCUUGGAUCUGUUCAAAAAGAACACUGGUGUCAUUUACCGUAUGCUGGGGAUCGACCCCACCAGCGUUCCCCGGAAUCCCGAACGCUUCAGAGACUGGGCUGUGGUACUGGGUGACACGGCUGUCUCCAGUGGGCGUCACUACUGGGAAGUGACUGUCAAAGAAUCGCAGCAAUUCCGCAUAGGGGUAGCAGACGUGGACAUCUCCCGGGACGGUUGCGUUGGAGUAGAUGACCGCUCCUGGGUCUUUUCCUAUGCGAACCGGCACUGGAAUGCCAUGUUCUCUAAUGAGACCACUCCACUCAAGAACAUCGGCCAUCCAGAGAGAGUGGGUCUCUUCUUGGACUACGACAGCAAGAAACUCAGCCUGGUGGAUGUCAGCAAACAUGUGUCCGUCCACAGCAUCUUUGCUGAGUUCCAAGGCCCCGUAGUGCCUGCCUUUGCCCUCUGGGAUGGUGAACUGAUCACGCAUUCAGGCCUCGAUGUACCUGAAAAUCUCGACAGGAACUGAAAACCUCUCAAGCUUAGCGAAGAUUGGAGAGACGGACAAUCUGCUUGGAAUAUGAGGCUUCAGAGUGGUACAUAAAAGAAGGAAUCCCUCUCCUGCAAUACCCUUUUCAUAGGAGCCAAAGUUUCAUAUCCAUGUAUACCAUUCAGCCCGUUGACUGUUUUCUCUUAGGAAAAGAUGAGGUCUUUGGAUUCCGGGUUGAAACGCAUAUCAUUUGGAAUGUAGUAAGAUGUUAUUCAGAGCACUGAAGGCCACAUAUUCUGAUUUUCUGUCUUUGCUCCUUUAUUCUCGUAAAAGGAGGUUGGUUGGCUGUCUACAAACAUGGGAUACACUUGGCUUAAAUUAGGGUUUGUCCAUAUGGAAAUAUGUAUGUGGUUGCUCCACGGUCAAAUUUGUUUCUUUGCAGCUAUUGUGUGUGAUCAGCCACACCUUUUGGUGCUCUUAUCCCAUGUCCUUAAUAAUGUAUAGAGUCCCCUUGCUCAGCCUAAGUAUCUGCCUAGGCUUUCAGAUGUCUGGAGGCAGGGAAACUCCACUUGGAUGUCUCUGUGUACAAUGCAUAGCCACUAUUGCCCUCUGCUGGGCCAGUGGGAGGACAAACUAAGCCUGCAUCUAAGAUGCUGACAUACCCAUUGGAGCUCUAAUCCUCCUGUACUGAUAAACUUUGUGGCACAUAAUCAGUUAUACAGGAAUUACUUUCUUUUAAUACACAGCCCAAUAAUCCCACCUCAUUCCAUUAUACCCUGGCUUAGCAGGAGUUUCCUUGUACAGGGUUUUGUCUGUGUUUAAUGGAGCAGCAAUAUAUGGGUGUCAAAUCAAGCCGGAAAUGUUCUGAUAACAGCUAUCUGUGGUCACUCUUUUCACAGUACUCUCAGAUCUAGCACACUGACACAUUCUCCAGAGGUGUGUUUUAUUUUAUGGAACACAACUUGAAGACAACAAGGAGCUAUUUUUUUGAAUCAAGGAAGAGCAGCAUUCUGUUAACUGUACGUGUGUUGGCAGUUGUGUAGUUAUCACAAUCAAUAAAAAUAAAUUUAUCUGAAA